AUGGCACAGAACGGAGGCGAGGCAGAGCUUCGGGCCUGGUAUCAAGCCAUUUCGCCACUGCGCGUCGACCUUGUCGGAGAUUUUGCUGGCAAGGAGCUGUUUGCCAUCCAUGGCGAUUCUCUCUGCUUCAUUGUCUCACCGAAGCGAGGGUCGACUUCACCACUUCUCCACGCCAUUCAUGCAGUCGAGAGCUUCUUAGCCCGUCUAGAGCAACGUGGAUGCAACUUCCACAUCCUCUGGUUUCGCGAUCACGAGCACCUGUGCGUCCCUGAGGGUGUUUCUGGGGAUGCCGCGUCCAACUGCCUUCGUCUGUCGCGCAUCAUCCUGAUCAAGCACCUGGAGCACUACGCCCAAUACUCGCAAGCCGGCUGGCGACCCUACCUCGCUCAGAAUGCCGUGCAAUUCUUUCUGUGUCUCGACGGCUGCGCCCUGGAUGGAUGCGCGUCACCUACCGGUGUCCAGUAUCUCGAGUUCAUUCACCACAUUGCCUUUCACGGCUACAGCGUCGCUCUUAUGAACAGCCUCGAUUUUGUGAGCUCCAAGGUUCUGGUAUCGGCCUUUUCACCCUCUUCCUGUGGCAACGAGAUUCGAAUUGAAAAACCCCGACCGAGUCCAAGGACACAAAUCCUGGCCGUCUCCGAACUUGAGCUUGACCUGGGGCUCGAGCCUGGAAGCUGGUCCCCUUGGGCCGAUGGGAAGCCGCUCUCGGUCAAGGACGCAAUCUCCUUCACUGCUCUCUGCAACAUGCUCUUGGUUAACUCCAAAAGGGGCAUCAGAGCUUGCGCCGCCGCCUACGUCCUUCACCUCUCUGCCCUGCGACACUGCAGUCUCUCGCAGAGGUCCUGCAUGGUGACGACUCGACACGCAUGA